GGCUAGAUUCGCCACCACGUCGCGCUAUUCAAUUUCAAAAAGAGUCCACAUGUGAUCUUCGUGCACUUGAAAGUUGAUAAGUAGUACUCCUCCGCACUUUCUAAAUUCUCCCCCACCCUCUCCCUCUAACAAACACCACCGCCGUCCCAUGUUGGCCGGAAUUUCCACCACCACCACCACCUCCCGUUCCUUCUUCGGCCGGGACCCAUUCGUCCGGCCCAAACCCAAUUCCAUUACCACUCCCACAUACUGGUUCUCUCUGCCAAUUCGCCCGCACGACGCAACGCUCCGGUGGAGACGGAGGUCGAAAACAACGGUCUGUGUCGUCGUCGUUAGGGAUGAGGAAUUGAAUAACGGGGAUAGCCAAAUUGAAACUCCGAAAGAUGACGAGGAGGAGGAGGAAAUCGAGAAGAGAAUCACGGCCGCACGCGUGGCGGCGAGGCAGGACAGGAAGAAAUCGGAGCGGUUCACUUACCUUGUAGCGGCGGUCAUGUCUAGUCUUGGUAUUACGUCCAUGGCUAUCAUGGCUGUUUAUUAUCGGUUUUCUUGGCAAAUGGCGGGUGGUGAAAUCCCCCUUUUGGAGAUGUUUGGCACAUUUGCUCUCUCUGUUGGUGCAGCGGUGGGAAUGGAGUUUUGGGCGAGAUGGGCUCACAGAGCGCUGUGGCACGCUUCCUUAUGGCACAUGCACGAGUCUCAUCAUAAGGUCAGAGAAGGUCCGUUUGAGCUAAACGACGUUUUUGCCGUAAUAAACGCCGCUCCAGCCAUCGCUCUCCUCUCCUACGGUUUCUUCCACAAAGGCCUUUUUCCCGGUCUCUGUUUCGGAGCUGGUCUUGGAAUUACGUUGUUUGGGAUAGCCUACAUGUUCGUCCACGAUGGUCUUGUCCAUAAAAGAUUCCAGGUGGGUCCCAUUGCAGACGUCCCUUACCUCAGAAGAGUUGCUGCAGCUCACCAGCUCCACCACACAGACAAGUUCAAAGGAGUCCCAUAUGGGCUGUUCUUGGGACCUAAGGAACUUGGGGAAGUGGGAGGGAAUGAAGAGUUGGAAAAGGAGAUUAAUAGGAGGAUUAAACUAUCCAAUAUACGGUGUUAAGUAUUCGAGGUCGAUAAAUCAAAAGGUUUCGAGUUACAGUACACUUUUUUGGACCAUGAAAGGGGAGACCGAAGAUGGAGGAGUUGUUGGUGUACCACACGUAAUGUUUGGGGUUGAGUCUUAUGGUUGCAAGCAGUAACAUCUCCCAUCUCUAUCUCAGUACUGCUUAGGUAAAUAAGAAAAAUAAAGAUAUACUGUAUUACAGAAUUUAAGUGUAUAAUCAUCUUGCUUUUACACCAUUCUUUGUAUUUUGAUGGUUUUAAAACAAAUGAAAAACAAAAAAGAUGUAGCAUGUCAUUGUAAGUUGUAACACAAUCAGAAUUGGAUGAAAAUUUGGCAUCUUGCU